GACGUCAUAGCGUUCCAUUGUUUAUCGUUCGAACAACGUUUACGUGGUUACGCAUUCGGAAAGCCGGAGUUAGCCAGAUAUGGCGUUGAUCCGUAAGUUCCGAAGUGAAUCAACAAAUGUUGAAGCUACUAAAGUGUGCCUGAACACAGACAAGUUCGUGUCAAUCAGCGAAGUGAAAAGUGAGAUUUUGAAGAUGAAGGAGACCAACUACCAACUGAAGAACUCCGUCCUAAUCUUGACCCGGUCCAGUGAUGAGAUGAGGCGAGAAGCUGUUAAGCAGCAAUCGACAAUCAGUUUGCUGAAGAAGACCCACAAGGACAUACUCGAGAAGAAGGACGAGGAACUAGCAAAUCAGAGAAUCGCAGUCACUGCACAAAGAGUAGCUCAGGAUGCCCUGACAAAGGCUCUGAAUAUCAUCAUCAAAGAGCAACAGGACACCGCGAGUCUAACGGAUGAACUGCUACUGGAAACUAGGAACGACUUGACAAGCAGUAAGGCGGAAGCAGCAAAGCUGGGAGAGGAGCUCAAAACCCUUAGAGCUGAGUUAUUAAUGAGGGAAAACGACAUGUGUCAAAUGGAAGAGUUGUACGAGAAACAGAAGAGGAGUCUACAGAAGAUACACCGUAAGGAGGUGCAGACCCUGACAGACGGUUUCGAACAAGAGAUUCAAGAGAGAAAUGAGAGAGAAAGGUUUUUGCAAGAGAUGAUUAUAAGAAAGAAUGCGGAAAUUAAGGAAGUGAAGAAGGAAAUGGCCACCAUGAAGGACAUUCAUGGCGAGGAGGUGAAGGCACUGAAGGAAUCUAUCCUGCAGCUAAACAAAGAUAGGGAUGACAAAGAAAGGCUGCUCCAGCAGACAAUUCUUCUGAAAAACGAAGAAGUGGCGGCACUGAGGAGAAAUAUGAAAGCAGAAAAGGACAUACAUGAAGAGGAGCUGAAGGAGCUCCAACAGACCAUUCACCUGGACUCUUUAUUCGUGAAAGACCUUAUGACAGUCUCAUCCAAGAUCGAGUGUGAGGAACUAGAGAGGAUGACAAAAAUCAUGGAUGCACUGGAGUCGGAACUCAACAAUUGCAAGCUGGUAGAUGCACAGGUGAUCAUCGACGACGAGCAGCGCAUGCGUGAGGAGAUGCGCGAGUCGAUGACGUCACAGGAGAGAAGCUGCAACAUGCUGCAGCAGGAGCUGAACGAGGCCAGGAUGGCACUGGAGCUGGCCGAACGGGACAGAAAGAGGAUGAGAAACGUAACGGAGGCACUCGAGUCUGAAUGCGACGAGGUCAAGUGCAAGCUGGAUCAGUCUGAGACAAAGCUGCAGAUUAUGAAGGAAGACGGGGAGAGGCUCCUGUCUGAGCUCAACUCCAUGAAAACUACGCUCCUGAAGUCAUGGGUGGACCGCAACAAUGAGGUGAAGAUAAUGCAAGACAGGCUGUUCUCGAUGAAGGCCGAAAGGGAAAUCUUUAAGGUCCUCGCAACAGCGUCACAAAGAAAAAAAGACAAAGAAGAGGAACAUAUGUCAAGCGGACACAUGGAACGGGCAAGAAGACAGAAUCAUCGCGAGCAGGUUGCGUACUUGCACCAAGCCUGGCAAGACGCUGCAAGAAGCCCACGUCACGUGUACGAUCCGAACUGGCCACCAGAGAAUUCCAUCAACAGGACAGAAAAUGUUUCUGGCAAAGAUACCGACCAUGUUAGAGACAAAACAUGACUCCAUAGCAGUGAGGUUAACGUACUUUAGAUUUAGUUCAGAUUAGGAAUAACUUUGGAGAUGAACUGAUACAUGUAGCAGUUAAGUUAUCAGUGAAAAGUAGUUUUGUUGAGCGGGUACAUCAGUAGAUGAUGCAGUUCCUUGCUUGAAAAACAAAUGUGUUUUUUUCUUGCCAACAUCUCGAUACUCCUGCUGCUAUCACCGCUAGAUGGCGCUAAAGUGAAAAGUUUGCGGUCCCAAAAGUGACUAAGCCUGAUCAACCCCUCUCAACUCAUAAUUGUAUAUAUAUAUUAUCGAUAUCAUCACGGUGUAGAUCAUGGUUAAAACCUACUUAGAUUUUCAUCUCACAGCUGCUCUACCCAGCGAAGGAAAGAUCUGUCAGUAUUAAUAUUGUUCCCAGGAGGGUACCAGAAUUUCUUCGCGCUCUUGAAUGUCGAUGUAUAUAGUCUGCUACGAUUUGGAUAUACCAUAAAUAAAUAAAUGAUCAAUCGAAUGACAUUUCUAAGGGUAUGCAUAUGUCAGCGUCAUAUUUGAAUGCUUUCUUUUAGAAAAUGCCUUUUUUUUAAUUUCAGCGCAACUCAGGGACAUAAGCACGGUGUAGCAUUGUUCCUGAAGCAUCAACCUCGAUUACACUGACAGAAGCUGGUGAAGACAAACACCAUGUAGUGUUCCUCCUGAACUCAGACGUGAACAACGUUUCAAUCAAUCCUUUGGAUCUGGUCAUGCC